AUGGCGGAAGAAGUUGCCGAGCUUAAGAAGGAGCAGCUUCCUACCCAGGAGGGUGUCGAUGAUGAGGAGGAAAUCGCAGCUAUGAAGAAGCGAGUGGCAGAGAUGGAGUCGGAGGCCGCCAAGCUGCGCGAGAUGCAGGAAACUUUGGAACAACAGUCUGAGAGCUUGCAAGAGAACAAGGAGGAUAUUGACGCCCGCAGUGUGUUCGUUGGGAAUGUGGAUUACGGGUCUUCUCCUGAGGAGAUUCAGGCUCACUUCCAAAGCUGCGGCGCUAUCAACCGCGUCACCAUCCUCCUUGACAAAUUCACCAGCCAGCCCAAGGGCUAUGCCUACGUCGAGUUUGCUGAACCCAGUGUUGUUGCUCAGGCGCUUGUCUUGAACGAGAGUCUUUUCCGUGGACGUAACCUCAAGGUAACUACCAAGCGUACCAAUCUGCCUGGAAUGAACCGCGGCCGUGGCCGUGGUCGCGGUGGACGCGGUCGUGGUUUCCGAGGUUCAUACCGCGGUGGUGCUGGAUACCGAGGCCGGGGCCGCGGCUUUGCUCCCUACUAG